AUAAUAUGCAGUACCAGAAACAAUUCCAACAUUUUCACAAUUGUACAAAGGAAUAAAAGUCAGGGUGGAUUGAAUGUAACUGCUGAUAAAGGUACACUUUCCGGAUUGAAAGCACCGAAAAAGCAGAGAACUUCAUUUGCGACUGGUGCUCUUUUGCUGAGUGUACCGGUACUAACGUUCUGUUUGGGAACAUGGCAAGUGAGAAGACGAGAAUGGAAGCUGAAGCUUAUGGAAGAUCUGGAAUGGAAAACGAAGCAGCCUCCUAUCGAACUUCCCGAAGA